AUGCACUCAGCGGACGUCCUCUUGUCUGCGCUGGUUUUGGGGAUCAUCAUUGUCUCUCUGCUUUCCAACGUCGUGGUGCUGAUCUGCUAUCUGUACAACGCGGAGAUUCGCAAACCAGUCCCCGCUCUCUUCAUCCUCAACUUGACACUUUGCAACCUGUUGCUGAGCGUGUCCAACAUGCCCCUGACGCUGGUGGGUCUCGUCAGCCCGGAUCGCUCGGAAGGGGGGCUCUUCUGUCUGGUCACGGGCUUCCUGGACACUUUUCUCACCACCAACUCCAUGUUGAGCAUGGCAGCGCUCAGCAUCGACCGGUGGGUGGCGGUGGUCUUCCCGCUCAGCUAUCACUCGCGGAUGCGGCGGCGGGACGCGGCGAUGGCUCUGGGAUACACGUGGAUCCACUCGCUGUGUUUCUCCUGCGUGGCUGCGUGGAGAUCCUGGAUCGGAUUCCACCACCUCUACGCCUCCUGCACCCUCUGCAACAGCCGGGCCAAAUCAUCCGGACUGCAGUUCAUCGUCUUCACUGUGCUUCUGCACGCGCUGACUUUCCUGCUCACGCUGGUCGUCAUGUGUGUAACUUAUCUCAAAGUGUUGAAAGUGGCCAGGUUCCACUGCAAACGCAUCGACGUCAUCACCAUGCAGACGCUGCUGCUGCUGGUUGAUAUUCAUCCGAGUGUUCGCCAGAAAUGUUUGGAUGAACAGAAGCGUAGGAGGCAGAGGGCCACCAAGAAAAUCAGCACGUUCAUCGGCACGUUUGUGGUGUGUUUCACCCCUUAUGUCAUCACCAGAAUUGUGGAGCUAUUCUCGCCGGGACCCAUAAAUGCUCACUGGGGGGUUCUGUCCAAAUGUCUGGCCUACAGCAAAGCAGCAAGUGACCCAUUUGUCUACUCACUGUUGCGACACCAGUACAAGAAGACCUGCAGCCUACUGGCCAACAAGCUGCUGAGGAGGACUCCGCUCAACUCGGCAUCACUCAGGUUGGAGAACUUGACGAGUCGGAGGCACACGAACUCUGCAAACAACAUUCCAACGUCGAACAAGCCGGAUGUCUAGUGAGGCUCGGCGGUGAAGCUAGAUUAUCGUAAGGCUAUGACCUUGUGAACAGACACCAAACCAACCUCUCUGUCAAGUCUGUGGAAGCUAUUAGAGAAGAACAGAGUUUCCUGUUGACUGAUGUUUAAAUGUAGCUUUUCAAACACUGAAUCAAUCAGAGAGGCACAGAGACAGGUCGCACCCUGCCACAGCAUGGCAGUUCAAUGACUUAAAAAUUGCAUUUAAAAGUUUUCAGCCAGUGGAUAUCUCACUCAUAGCUCAGCCUGUUUGUUACCAACCUUGAAAGGUUUAUUGAAGUACAUGAGUUUAUUCUGCAGUUCACAAACGAACAAUAGAACAUCUGCCACUGGAGGAGUGGGGGUAACUAGAGAAGAACUGAGACAGUGCAUACCUCUGCCAAGAAGCUAAUUCACACGCCUCUAUAAAAGACUGCAUCUAUUCAAAUGACAAUGACAAAAAACAAGGACCCCUGCUGGGAUUUUAACUCGCA